CAAACGAGGAAAAGCGAAACAAAACCACUAACAACACCGACAAUGUCUAAUAAUAACGACACCAAUGGCGAAGGGUACUUUCAAAAAAGAAAGAAGAAUAUUAGUAAUGCACACAAAGAUUCAUGCAAAGCAAAAAAAAAACAACCGAAGCGAAAUGAUGCCAAUAAACGACAAAUAACUACAGCAAACGUUUAA